AACGAAGCGUGGAAUUUUCAGCCUUCAAUUCUUCUAGGCGUCUGGUUUCAUACGCGGUAUAUAAAGACUUCAUCCGACGUUCAGGGUGUUUAUCGAUAUCUUCAGGUUUCGAGCUUCAAAAUAAUUAUUUUGAAAUUAGAUGUCAAACUUUGUUAGAAAAAUGUAGAUCAGAAUAGUAAACUAAACUUUUUUCACUACUAGUAAAAAGUACCAUUAUUUAGUUUUACUCUCCUAGUGUAUAUAAAAUUAUUAUCAUCACAAGUACUAGCGAAGUAUUUUGAAAUGAAAUUAAUGCAAAAACAAAUAAAAAAAAGUUAAACCUCCCACCUCUAAUCUUCUGUCUUUGUCAUAACUAACAAAACAACAAAUGGGCCUUUUUAAUGUUGAAAUAAUAAAUAUGUACUAAAUAAUAAAUGUGCUAGUAGUGAAAAAGUAUCAUAUAAAACAUGGUAGAGAAGAUUUUUUGUUACCUCAAUAUACCAAUAGCCUCGUCUACAGUCCUAGCCUCAUCUCCUUCAAUCUUCAGCCUGUUGAUAUUUUCCUCUAACGGUUCAUCCAGAUGUGUAACAAUUUUUUCCUUCUUUUCCGUUUCUUUUUUCGCUAAAGUAUCCGAGAUUUGGGAUCGUGUCACCUUUGGUGGUGGUGCAGGCUUCCCAGUUUUUUUGAUAGAACUCAUUUCCUGUUCCAGGAGCUGCUUAGCUUCCUGUUUUUUGGCUAAUUGUUGUUCUCGUUUCCGGUCUUGUUCUUCCUAAAUUAGCUCCAUGAGAACUGAAAAAAUGUAGAUUAUCAUAAUACCUUUCUCUGUUGCUUCUUUUUUAUUAAUUUGUCAUCAUCUUUCCAAUAGGCUUCUUCUAAUUGUUGUUGUUUUUUCGCCACUUCGGCAUCUUUUGCUGCUUUUUUACGCUCGCGGGCUGCAACAGCUUUUGUAUUUUCUGUGGCAAAUUUUUUUGGCAUUUUUUCUCAUCUACUAUAAAAUAAAACUUUGUUGUAAAUAAACUUGUAACCUCCAAAAAGAACCGUCACUUAUCACUGACAUUAACCUAACCUUCUACUUCUCUUAACCUCACUUUACCGUUGUCAUACACCUGAAAAGUGUUAUGAUUUGUCGAUUUUUCAAUAAAAGUUUAUCACUUAGACGAAAUUUUGUUAAAGAAAUGUCAAAAAAAGCCAAAAGCAAAAAUACUCAGAAAGAGACAGAAGUAAUAACAAAACAAGAAGAAGGCCCCAUUACGUCAGAUAAAUCAAAAAAUAUACUUAUUUCAAUACUAGCCAAACCAGGGGCGAAACAAAAUGCCAUAACUAGUAUUAAUUCUGACGGCGUUGGAGUCCAAAUUAAUGCACCCCCAAGUGAGGGUGAGGCAAACACUGAAUUAGUAAAGUACAUUGCAUCUGUAUUAGGGUUGAGAAAAAGUGAUGUUACGUUAAACAAGGGCUUUAAAUCAAGAAAUAAAGUUUUAAAAAUAGAAGGUAGUAUUACGUUAGAGGAAGUGAAAAGUAAAUUGUUGAAUGAAAUACAAAACGCUUAAUUACUGUAUCAAAUUUCUUUUGUUUAACUUUAUUUUAAGAGGUUCUCUCUUUCUCUCUCUCUCGCUCGAUAAAAUGACUUAAUGUCAUCAUAUAAUUUUUGUUGCAAGUUUACAUUAUUUGUAUUCAAAUAUAAACAAGAAAAAUGUGUCUACAUUUUUGCCAAGUCUAAAAUAAGUUUACGCGUUUUGGAAACAAGUUUUUUUUAUUUUUGGGUCUAUAAACUACAGUAUGAAAGGUACCAGUCAAGUCUUCUACCCUUGGGCGAAUGGCUUUGCUUUGUUUGUAUCCAAGAAAUAAUCUCCAACAACGCUACAACAAAAAUAUUGUCUAUUUGAUGAAACUUUCAAUUCAUUACCUUUGAUCGACUACAAGAGAUCCCAUAAAUGCCUUUUGGUUGUUUGCACAUUUACCGUUUUGAUAGUCUGAAUAGUUAUCGCAUUUCGUGGCUAAAAAUUUUCCCCCUGUUAUCGCUUCAGCAAGAUAUUGGAAAGAUCUAGCAUGCGAACAAACACCAGCAAGAUCAAGCCCGCAUCCAGCUUGAACAUUUCCACCAUUAGGGUAAUAAUCAACAUGUCCGCUGGAAAAACUAAAUCCCAGAAGACGCCCAUGGGUGUGAAUAACUUGGACGUAUUGCCCAUCACUGGAAUCAAGACGAUCUCCCGUCUCAUUUAAGGAAAAUCCAGGACCUGCUGGAUCCAACCCAAUAAUUUGCCCCACUGGACUUUUAAUCACACUUCCAGCAUUUCCGGCAAUGUGGGCACCAAGACUAUGCCCAAUUAAAACAAUUUCGGAACUACUAAUACCAUAAGUGUCGAUCAAAUCAUUGACGAAAUUACCGACAAAUUGCCCAAUAUUUGUAACAGACUUUCGAGCUGUUGAGUAAAGAUUUUUGGCAAUAGGGCUCCAGUCCACGACAAAAAUAUUCACAUCGUGGAUUUCCAAAAGAGCAGAUUUGACAAACUUGUUGACAUCGGCGUUGUAGCCAUCCAUCCAGCCGUGGAUCAAAAUAAAAGUUCUCUUUUUCGCUUCGAAAUGAGGAAGACUUGAACCAAGACUUUGGAAACUGUGGCCUGCAUCUACAUUGUGUUUGGUGUAAAAAUAAUAAGUAACAUCAUUUGGCGUUGCGCGAACUUCGGGGUCAGAAUCAGACCCAAAAGUCCCCACAAACAGGGCAACAAGCAGACACAAUGACACUUUCAUGAUGUAAUUUUUGCACUACAUUGUUUAUACAGUUCUUUUCUUUUAUAUCUCUCCGUCAAUCCGAUUUUCAAUGAUAAUAAAAGUAUGAAUUUAAUACAAGAUGAUAAAACCUAA